ACACUACGCAGCCGACGCAAUUCGUGUGCCACUCUAUUUGCUCAUCUCCUUCGAUUUCGAACCCCUAAUCUUGAGAUGGCAUCGGAGAAGAAGCUCUCGAACCCUAUGAGGGAUAUUAAGGUCCAGAAGCUAGUUCUUAACAUCUCUGUUGGUGAGAGUGGUGAUCGUCUCACUCGUGCCUCCAAGGUGUUGGAACAGCUCAGUGGUCAGACUCCUGUCUUCUCUAAGGCGAGGUACACUGUGAGGUCUUUCGGUAUCAGGCGUAAUGAAAAGAUUGCGUGCUAUGUCACCGUGAGAGGUGAGAAGGCAAUGCAGCUUCUUGAGAGUGGCUUGAAAGUGAAGGAAUACGAGCUGUUGAGGAGGAACUUCAGUGACACUGGCUGCUUCGGAUUCGGUAUCCAGGAGCACAUUGAUCUUGGAAUCAAGUAUGAUCCUUCUACCGGUAUCUACGGUAUGGAUUUCUACGUUGUUCUUGAACGUCCAGGAUACCGUGUGGCCCGUCGCCGUAGAUGCAAGACUCGCGUUGGUAUUCAACAUAGAGUUACCAAGGAUGAUGCCAUGAAGUGGUUCCAAGUUAAGUAUGAAGGAGUUAUCCUCAACAAGUCUCAGAACAUCACUGGUUGAAGAGCUUUUUUUUGUCAUUUUGUUUUGUUUCAAGUUCUUAUAUUUAAGAUUCUGGAUAGUAAGGAUUUCGUGUUGUGGUAACCUUUUUGACUUAAGUUGGUUAAGAAUCUUCAAGUACCUUCUAAAUAUGAAACCAUUUUUGGGGGUUUUUGUUUACCAAUUCUAAACCUUUUCAGAAUUUAGUUUGACCACAGGCAAGAAUUGGAGAUAACCAAACUUUUACAAG